AUGAGGCUUCUAUCACUGCUCGGUGCUGUUUCACUCUUCAUCUCCUUCUCCUCCUCGAGUCUCGCCCCGCGCGACCACGAGAGCCGUGAUUAUAUUGCCGUUCACCUUCGAAGAUCGUCAUCCCCAGACCAAGUUGCUCAGCUAUUAGGAGCAAGGAAUGAAGGGCAAAUAGGAGAAUUAGAGGACCAUUAUACAUUUUCAUUUGCGAAGAAGAGAGGGACGAGCCUGGAUAAUCUGCUCGAUAACUUGCGGUCAAGACGAAGGAAACGCCACCUCGAUCCUGCAGGAGGUGAUGACAAUGGACUAGAUGGCAUUCUUCAUUCAGAAAAAUUGGUCUUGAGGCAACGACUGGCAAAGAGGGUACCACCUCCGCCGCCGUCGGUGGCCGUAUUGGAACCCAGGCGCUCAGAACAGUCCCGAGGAGAAGCCGCCGCAAUCGCGAGGCAGCAGCAGAUUGCCGGCCAGCUCAUGAUCAAAGAUCCAAUUUUUGGAAACCAGUGGCACCUUUUCAAUACUGAGCAGCCCGGUCAUGACCUGAAUGUGACAGGGCUCUGGCUAGACGGAGUUACUGGCAACGGCACUAUUACAGCAAUCGUUGACGAUGGUCUAGAUAUGUAUAGCCAUGAUCUCAAGGAAAACUACUUUGAAGAAGGCUCUUACGAUUUUAAUGACAAAGGGAAGGAGCCGAAACCUCGGCUUGUCGAUGAUAAACAUGGAACCCGUUGUGCUGGAGAAGUUGCCGCUGUCAAGAACAAUAUUUGCGGCGUUGGCGUGGCCUACGGCGGAAAAGUUGCGGGUAUCCGAAUCUUAUCGAAGCCCCUCUCCGAUGAAGACGAAGCUGCAGCCAUCAACUACGCAUACCAGAAGAAUCAGAUAUACUCUUGCUCUUGGGGUCCCGUCGAUAAUGGCGCAACAAUGGAUGCUCCUGGCCUCCUCAUUCGACGUGCUAUGGUCAAUGGCGUCCAGAAAGGCCGAGGCGGCAAGGGUUCAAUAUAUGUCUUUGCUGCUGGGAAUGGAGCUGCAAGUGGGGACAACUGCAACUUUGAUGGAUACACGAACAGCAUCUACAGUAUCACUGUCGGUGCUAUCGAUCAAGAAGACCGCCACCCAUACUACUCCGAGUCAUGCUCUGCACAGUUAGUUGUGACAUAUAGCAGCGGUGGCAACGGCGCCAUCUCCACGACUGAUGUUGGCUUGGACACUUGCUCCAACAGGCAUGGUGGCACCUCCGCUGCCGGACCCCUCGUGGUUGGGGUAGUCGCCCUUGCUCUUAGUGUACGCCCAGAUCUCACAUGGCGGGAUAUACAAUACCUAAUUGUUGAAACUGCGAUUCCAAUCAAUCUGAAUAGUCCAGGGUGGCAAACAACGGCGAUCGGCAAAAAGUUCAGUCAUGAUUUUGGAUAUGGAAAAGUUGAUGCGUAUGCUGUGGUUGAUUUGGCAAAGACUUGGAAACUGGUUAAGCCUCAGGCGUGGCUUCGUUCACCUUGGUUAAUGGUACAGCAUGAAGUUCCUCAGGGCUCACAUGGCCUUGCAAGCUCGUUUGAAGUCACUGCAGAUAAGCUGAAAAAGAGUAACCUUGAGCGCAUUGAGCAUAUUACCGUUACCAUGAACGUCAACCAUACACGCCGUGGCGAUUUGAGCGUCGAACUUCUUAGCCCCAGCGGUGUUGUCAGCCACCUGAGCGUAAGCAGAAGCGCGGACUACGAAAGAAAGGGAUAUGUUGAUUGGACAUUUAUGUCCGUUGCUCACUGGGGUGAAGAUGGCAAGGGAAAGUGGACGAUUAUCGUCAAGGAUACUGAAGUCAAUGAACACACUGGCGUGUUUGUGGAUUGGCAGCUCACGCUUUGGGGAGAAGCCAUUGACGGAAAGAAACAGAAACUUCAUCCGCUACCAGCUGCCGAUGACCACGACCACGACACCAGCGAAGUUGCAUCUCAGGUCGCGACCACCAGUAUUCUUAUGCCCACUGCGACCAACGCCGCGACGCAAACGCCAACCGACCACAUUCAUCGCCCCAUCAACGCUAAACCCACUAACCAAGUUUCUCCGUCGCCCAGCACACCGACGGCGACACCAACAGCGACGGCAACAGGGAAUAGCACACUUGCAGAUAACUUCCUCCCAUCACCUUUCCCCACAUUCGGAGUUUCCAAGAGCACUCAAAUCUGGAUCUAUGGGUCUGUUGCUCUCAUCUUCACCUUCUGCGUUGCAUUGGGAAUUUACUUCGUAGUCCAACAUCGGAAGCGCCUACGCAAUAACCCCCGCGAUGACUACGAGUUUGAGAUGGUCGUUGAGGAUGACGAAGAGGCUCCGCUUAGUGGAGCUGUGGCCGCGGCAGCUGGCAAGAAGAAUCCACAAAGACGACGCCGGGGUGGUGAGUUAUACGACGCGUUUGCUGGGGAAAGCGACGAAGAAAUUUUCAGUGGAAGCGAGGACGGAGAAAAGCCUUAUUACGAUGAUGACGAAAGCGGUGACGAGGAAAGCCCAAGCCACACGGAACCCAAGUGGAAUGAGAAAUCGGGAGGAAGUGGAGAGCCUCAUACGACUAGCUCUUAA